AUGCAAGAGGCGUUUUGUAGUGUGCCGUCCACGACUAUUAAUGCUGCAAGUUUCGACGAGCGCAACUACUGCGACGGCUUGCAACAGCUGGAUGGUCCAGUAUCAGCGGUGUCCGGCGCCAAGCCGCCUUAUGCGACGUGCGACACUUGCAAGAACAACUGCAACCACCUUCCUUUGCUGCAGUGUGGGAAGACUGUCGAGUACCCCCGGAUCCUCGGUGAAGAGUCUCUUCGCAUCUUCACCCUAUUACGUCUCAUCGUUCCGUAUAUACCAGAUUCCAAUCAACUUUCGUGGCAGAAAGCAGCUGGGAUGUACCAAGCCUGCUUGAGUUUCACGUCGUCGUACGAAACCGAGACUCAAUAUCUCGUCGAGUGGAUGAGAUCAUUGAACCUGGAUUUCCUCAACAAGACAAGAUUGAAGAAGGUCAACCCAGUUGAGAUGAUGGUGCGCGGCUCUGUUGACCUCGGAGUGGAAGCCGUAAUUGCGAUUGUUUUCUCCAAGAAGUACUUUAAGAAUAACAAGAGAGGGAUGAAGCUGGUCGAGUUCACGGAGCCUUACAUGUUUCUUCGCGACAGGAGCGCGAGUGACGCUUGUUACAGUCACGUCAGGAAAGUCAUGAAUCUUGCGGUCCUCAGCCCCUACUUCCACUCAGAGAUUCCACCGUACAUCGUACCACAGGCGCAGCGUAUGGUGUCCGAAGUCCGCAAUGCCUUCUUGAAGGCUUUGGAAUCUUCAAGCUGGCUCGGCCUCAAAAUUCGAGAAGCUGCAAUACGCAAGUUGAAGAACAUGACGUCCUACGUGGGAAGCCCCGGGCGGAGAUCAGACCCGGAGUUCGUGGAAUCGGUUUACAAACCUUACCCGGACGCACCACUGGACAUACUUUUCCCGACGUGGAUAAAGGCUCUGAGCCUAUCUUCUCACUAUAUUUGGACCGACCAGGAGACCCGGCUCUACGACGAGGCUCGUCGUAGCCCGUAUUAUACAGACAACUACAAUGAUUUUACUAUACCGGCAACGUCCUUGAUUCGUCCAUUCAUGUAUUAUGGGAUUACUUCACUGAACUAUGGCGGUCUCGGAAAGUUAAUUGGCCACGAGAUAAUGCACGGAUUCGAUGUAAACGCUAUAGAGUCGCUGAAGGACAAUGAUCCUGAAGGCAUGAAAAAUGUCAGAAAAGAAUACACAAAAAGGGCACUCUGCUUGCGGGAAUCUCACAAGUCUGUGCUGUUCAUAAAUGGCCAGGAAGAGAUCUUGAACGAAACGUUGGACAGUGAGAACUUGGCUGACUUCGUGGGCACCAAGAUUGGAUAUGACGCCUUCGUUUCCUUGGUCCCAGAAAACAGGGACGAAACACUAGCCGGGCUAGACAUGUCAGCGGAGCAACUGUUCUUCUUCAACAGCUGCGCGAUAAUGUGCGCUCAGCACGGCAUUCCAGGGCAACGCUACGCACCAUAUCGCUCCCGGUGCAUGGUGCCCCUGAUAAACAUGCCGGAGUUUUCCCGUGCCUUUGGCUGCGCAGCCGGGACACCUAUGAAUCCACGCAAGAAGUGCACUUUUUGGUAG